AAUUGAUUCAACGCCAACACCGAAAUCGUCAACAACGAGAUACGAGGUUCGCCAGUCCAACACAGCACAAACAUGGCGACAACAACGGCCACAGUAACUCGCAGCAAGAAGAAUGCAAAUUUGCCGUCCGAAAACGACAGGUUCUUGAGAUGUUGCGCCGACAUCGCGAACGCCCUCAUCGAAGAUCAUGAAGCCGCUCAAAACGGCCGUCCGCAAAAGGACAUCAAUCUCAACAGCCUUCGAUCCAAGUUUGCGAAGAAACACAAAAUCAACAACGUUCCCCCACUAACCGCUAUUAUCGCCGCUGUCCCCGAACAUUACAAGAAGUACAUAUUGCCCAGACUCAUCGCCAAGCCCAUCAGAACCUCGUCGGGUAUCGCUGUAGUGGCUGUCAUGUGCAAGCCCCAUCGAUGCCCCCAUAUUGCGUAUACCGGCAAUAUUUGCGUCUACUGCCCCGGUGGUCCAGACUCCGACUUCGAAUACAGCACACAGUCAUACACGGGAUAUGAGCCGACAUCUAUGAGAGCCAUCCGGGCUCGUUACGACCCCUUCGAGCAGGCGAGAGGACGAGUUGAUCAGCUAAAGUCAUUGGGCCACUCGGUCGACAAGGUCGAAUACAUCAUCAUGGGCGGCACUUUUAUGUCGCUCCCUGAAUCAUACAGAGACGAGUUUAUUUCCCAGCUACACAACGCCCUGAGCGGUUACGGAACCUUGAACGUGGACGAGGCUGUGAGGUCGGGAGAACAGAGCAACAUCAAGUGCGUGGGUAUCACGAUAGAGACUAGACCGGAUUACUGUCUUCAGCCCCAUCUUUCGAGCAUGCUGCGCUACGGCUGCACCCGUCUCGAAAUUGGUGUUCAAUCCCUUUACGAAGAUGUUGCCCGCGAUACCAACCGUGGCCACACCGUUGCUUCCGUCGCCGAGACCUUUUGCCUCGCCAAGGAUGCUGGUUUCAAGGUGGUCAGCCACAUGAUGCCUGACCUUCCGAACGUCGGCAUGGAGAGAGAUCUUGACCAGUUCCGGGAGUACUUUGAGAACCCAGCUUUUCGUACCGAUGGUCUCAAGAUUUAUCCUACCCUUGUCAUCCGUGGAACGGGCCUUUACGAGUUGUGGAGGACAGGCAGGUAUCAAAACUACACACCCAACGGAUUGAUCGACCUCGUGGCAAGGAUAAUGGCCCUCGUUCCCCCUUGGACUCGCAUCUACCGCGUCCAGCGUGAUAUCCCCAUGCCGCUGGUGACGUCCGGUGUCGAGAAUGGUAAUCUGCGUGAGCUGGCUUUGGCGCGUAUGAAGGACUUUGGAACCACCUGCCGCGAUGUGCGCACCCGUGAAGUUGGUGUUAACGAGGUCAAGAACAAGAUCAGGCCGAAUCAGAUCGAGCUCGUCCGUCGCGACUACACCGCCAACGGCGGCUGGGAGACUUUCCUGGCCUACGAGGACCCCAAGCAGGACAUCUUGGUCGGUCUGCUCCGCCUGCGCAAGUGUUCGGAAAAAUACACGUUCCGUGAGGAGUUGGUUGGGCAGCCCACCAGUCUGGUCCGCGAGUUGCACGUUUACGGCAUGGCUGUACCUUUGCACGUCAGAGACCCGAGGAAAUUCCAGCAUCAAGGUUUCGGUACGCUCCUCAUGGAGGAGGCCGAGAGGAUUGCCAGAGACGAGCACGGAAGUGUGAAGAUCAGCGUUAUUUCUGGUGUCGGUGUGCGUAGCUACUACAGGAAACUCGGGUAUUGGCUCGAUGGGCCUUACAUGUCCAAGUGGCUCGAUGGCAGGCCUGGACCUGAGGAGUAGGUCUAGUGCUUUUCUGUGGGUGGAUCAACAAAACGGACAUGAGGGCGUUGGGCUUCUGCUUUGAUUCAAACGGUCAGGCGCAAUGGGUUGCAUUACGACGAAAAAGGCGUUUGAGGUAUGGUGUGCGGUUUUGGAGACUGAUGACCCUUUGGGUCAAUGGCAGAUACACAUGACCUUGUUCUCGGACACAGACAUAUGCUGCACAGUUUCUUCCCGGCUUAUUGUCUCAUUUUCUCUCACAAGUGCAGUCAUGUGUUGGUUUCACAACGCAAGCACGCUUUGAAAGCGUCUUCCCUGCGAAAGCCUGCGUGCGUGAAUCACACUUCAUCAUUGUAAAUGUUUGAGAUACC